ACAGAGAAAUGCCUCAUCAUGAUUUACCUUUCCAAGCAGAGUAUGCUAAAAGUGGCAGAGCUGCGUGUAAAAUGUGUAAAUCAGCAAUAAGUCAAGAUUCACUGAGACUUGCAGUUAUGGUCCAGUCUCCACAUUUUGAUGGUAAGGUUCCAAACUGGUUCCAUUUUGCAUGCUUCUGGAAGAGAGCCAAAUGUAAAAACCCAGAUGAUAUUUUUAACUUCCAUGCUUUGAGAUGGGAGGACCAAGAAAAAAUCAAGGAAAAGAUUGGAGGUGGUGGUGGAGGAACUGGUGAAGGAGAAGAAGCAGGAACUAGUGGCAGUGGUGGGGACGAGUUUGCCACAGAAUAUGCCAAAUCUGGUCGAAGCCAGUGUAGAGGAUGUGAAAGUUUUAUUGCCAAGGAUUCUCUGCGUGUUAGCAAGAAGGAGUUUGAAUCACAAAGAGCAGUAAUGUACGGAGCUCAGGAUCUCUGGCAUCAUGUGGAUUGUUUUGUAGAUAAAAGAGAGGAAUUAGGAUUCACCUCGGAGAUGGAUCCAUCAGUUAUUAAAGGAUUUGCUAAACUAAAACCAGAAGAUAAGGCGCUUCUUUAUUCCAAGUUGGGUAAAGGAAAAAAAGCAGCUGCCAAGCGUAAAGGUGACAGUAAACAAGAAGAUAAUGCAAAGAAGAUCAAAAAGGAAGAAACAGAAGAAGAAAAAACAUUGAAAGAGCAAAGCAAACUUCUAUGGGAAACGAGAGAUAAGCUAUCAAAAGAUGUUUCCAAUGCUGCCAUGAAGUUGAUGCUAGAAUUGAACAAUCAAGAAAUCCCAUCAGGGGAAAGUAAGCUACUGGAUGUUGUUGCUGAGUGUAUGGUUUUUGGAGCUCUAGAAAAAUGUACUGAAUGUAAAGAUGGCCAGUUGUAUUACACAGCUGAAGGGUAUGCAUGUUCUGGAAACUUAACAGAAUGGACAAAAUGUAUGAAUGUCACUAAGGUACCCAAAAGAAAAGCUUUCAAAAUCCCUAAAGAGUUUCAUGAUGUGCCAUUUUUGAAGAGCUACAAGUAUAUCAAAAGAGAAAGAGCUUUCCCUGUUGUGACUGUGAGUGCAAUAUCAGGAGUUGUUAGUUCAUCUAUGGAUGCUGUAGAUGGCCAUGCAGGGAAACCACUUAGGGAUUUAAAGUUUGUGAUUGGAGGAAAACUGAAUAAAAGUAAGGCACAAAUUACAGCAGACAUUAAAGAACUUGGUGGCCUUGUGGUUACUAAAAUGGAUAAAAAAGUGGCAGCAGUUAUUAGUACAAAAGGAGAAGUUGAGAAAAAAAGUAAACUAAUAAAAGAGGCUGAAGAAAAUGAGGUCCAUGUUGUGAGUGAAGAUUUCUUGGCAAAUUGUAAGAGUGGUAACAUCCCUGAACUGAUUGCCAAGCAUAGUAUUGCAUCAUGGGGAUCUGAUGUUGAAAAAAGAAUAGGACAGAGACCAGUGAAGAGUGCCCCAAAGAGUGGAAUGUCAGCAAGAGAAGAGGCAAAAUUUACUAAAAGUGUUCCAACCAAAGUUAAAAUGACAGUGAAGGGCGGAGCAGCAGUAGACCCAGACUCUGGUUUAGCUGAGAACGCUCAUGUUGUCCAGGACCUAGGAGACCCCAUGAGUGUUGUCCUUGGACUUGUUGACAUCACUAGAGGGACCAACUCCUUUUACAAGCUACAAGCUCUAGAAAGUGAUACUAAACUAAGCUGGUGGAUAUUCCGCUCAUGGGGCAGAGUGGGGACGACCAUUGGUGGCCAUAAAGUGGAGAAGUUUGGCUCAAAAAACUCUGCCAUCAUUGGCUUUAAAGAUCUUUACCUUGACAAAACUGGAAAUGUGUGGGAGAACAGAAAGAAUUUCGAGAAAUUUCCCAACAAGUUUUAUCCCUUAGAUAUUGACUAUGGUCAAGAUGAGGAUGAUAUCAAGAAACUUGAUCUGGCUUCAUCAACUUCAAAGCUUCAUAAAAGUGUUCAGAACCUGAUCUGCAUGAUUUUUAAUGUAGAAAACAUGAAAAAGGCAAUGAUGGAAUUUGAGAUUGAUAUGAAGAAAAUGCCGCUGGGUAAACUUUCUAAAAAGCAGAUUCAGUCUGCUUACUCCAUCCUUACUGAGCUACAAAAACUUAUUGAAACAAAAGGCAGCCAAUCCAAGCUUGUUGAUGCUACCAAUAGGUUUUACACUAAUGUUCCACAUGACUUUGGUAUGAAGAAACAACCACUUUUAGAUACUACAGACAUUAUCAAGCAAAAAAGUGAUAUGCUAGACAACCUCCUAGAAAUUGAAGUAGCUUAUUCACUGCUGAAGGGAGGGGACAGUGGAGAAGAUCCUAUCACUGAUCACUAUAAGAAACUGAAGUGUGUGUUAGAGCCAUUAGAUCCAGCCUCAGAAGAAUUUGAAAGACUGAAGACUUACACAAAGAACACUCAUGCUGAGACACACAACACAUAUGACUUAGAGAUUGUGGAUGUCCUUAAAGUAGUUAGGGAAGGAGAAAAACAGAUGUUUAAACCUUUCAAAGAACUCAACAACCGUAUGUUAUUAUGGCAUGGGUCUCGUACAACAAACUUUGCUGGCAUUUUAUCUCAAGGUCUCCGUAUAGCACCACCAGAAGCACCUAUGACUGGCUACAUGUUUGGGAAAGGUGUUUACUUUGCUGACAUGGUAUCUAAAAGUGCCAACUACUGUAGGACAUCAAAGACUGAUAACAUUGGUGUCUUGUUACUCUGCGAGGUGGCUUUGGGAAACAUGUAUGAGUUAACUAAUUCCGAGUAUGUGACUAAAUUACCUAAAGGAAAGCACAGCACUAAAGGUAUUGGCAGGACCUGUCCUGAUCCAAAAGAAAACUAUGUAACCCCCGAAGGUGUUGUCAUACCUAUGGGUAAAGGUAUUGACUCAGGUGUGAAAAACUCAAGCCUCCUGUACAAUGAAUUUAUUGUAUACGACACAGCACAAAUCAACAUCAAGUACCUGUUGCAGGUGAAAUUCAACUACAAAUGGUAGAAAAGACCAAAUGUUAGUGACAUGAUAGAGAUGAUUGUAACAAGACCAAAUGUUAGUGACAUGAUAGAGAUGAUAUAUAACUAGACCAAAUGUUAGUGACAUGACAGAGAUGAUAUAUAACAAGACCAAUUGUUAGUGAAAUGUGACAUUCAAUUACAUAAGGUAGAAAACAAGACAGAAAUGUUGGUCUUUGUUUAAAAAUCAUUUUAAUUAAUUUUUAAAAUUUUUACUUUUAAUUAGUUAUUGUUUUACCGUUGGUUUAAAAAGUUAUAAUUGUCCUAGUUCUUUGCUGUUAAUGAUUGUUACAUUUAUUUUUUGUGAUUUUUAUUGAUGCAGACCAGUCAACUUGAGCUAAAUAAACUUGAGUUAAAUUUGUAAUGGCAAAGUUUACUUAAUUACACCUUACUGUUUCAGUUUGAGCUUUGUCAGUGACAUUACUAGCUCAGUAGUGUCUGGUGUUUUAUUGUUAUCUUUUACCCUAUUCAUGUAAAUAAUGUGCUCAUUAAGAUUCAAUGUUUUAGAUGUUGACCAUGGGUUGUUGAAAAUUCCAUUUUAUUUUUAUGUGUGGCCCUGCUAAUGAUUGCUUUACUUUCUUCCUGUUUCGAAUUUUUGAAACCGAUUAGUUUUAUUUGUUGAUGAUGUUGUUCAUGUCAAUGUCUCAGCUGGAUUAGUUUUAUUUGUUGAUGUUGCUCAUGUCAAUGCCUAACUCCAUGAUUUUGAUGUCAAUGUAAACAUCUACAAAAAUCAGUUUUAUUUUUGUCAAAUAACUGCUAACUAAGUCUGUUUUUCUUGAUCAUUUCAAAAAUGUUUUACUCCCUUGAAAUAAAACAUUUUUAAAAAUAUGAAUAUGUAUAUUUUAAUUCAGUUACAAUUUUGAACAAUUCACAUUUUCACAAUAAAUGUCAAUUUUUAAAAUG